AUGAAGUACACACGGUUUGUCGAACGCGGACGGGUGGUUUUUAUCACUCACGGCGCUUAUGCCAAAAAAGUUGCCGUCAUUGUUGACAUCAUCGAUCAAAAUCGAGUUGUAAUUGAUGGGCCUUGCCACGGUGUUCCUCGUCGCCCAGUCAAUUUAAAGCGGCUUCAUUUGACGAAGUUUGUCAUGAAGCUGCCAGAUAACUGCGGUACUCUAGGUAUUCAGGAUCUUUGGCACAGGCAAAAUAUUGGCAAACUAUGGGAAAAGUCCGCAUGGGCUAAGAAGCUGGCCAAGAAGGAACGACGCUCUGGUCUUAACGAUUUCCAGCGAUUCCAGGUGAUGGUCGCACGCAAACAGAGGAACAAUAUUAUUGCUAGCUAUCGUCACAGGAAGAGUACCCUUGAAACGAUUAAGAACAUGCGUCCAAAGGUCAAGUCAGCAUAA